ACUGCUUCUCUUAUCAGUUCCAUUAUCUCAAAGCAUCAUCAUCACCACAAAAUUUAAUAAAAAAUAUUCUGAAAAAAGUCUAACUUUUUUUUUUUUUUUUGGUUAGAUUUUUGAGGCUUAGGUUGUGUGUUUGCUUGUAACAAAGCCACUGAAGAGGUUAAAGAGCAAGAAAGUUCUUAGCUUUUUACACUCCUCUUCUAUAGGGUUUCUCUCUGUUUCCUUCUUCCGUCUGAAAGUUCAAAACUUUUAUCCUUUUUGUGGAAAUUAAAGUCUCUGGGUCUCAUCAAAAAUCAAGCUUUUUUAAUUCCAAAGGCUUGGCCUUUCUGGGGUUCUGAAUUGGUCAAGCUUUGCUGCUUCUUUGUAUUUUUACAGGUUGAGUUCUUUUGGUUGAAGAAGCAAGGAUAUAAAUAGAUGGCUACACUUCAGGACAUUGGUGUAUCAGCUGGGAUAAACAUCCUGAGUGCAUUCAUUUUCUUCAUAAUCUUUGCAAUUCUGAGGCUCCAGCCCUUUAACGACAGAGUUUACUUCUCCAAAUGGUACCUCAAGGGGUUAAGAAGCAGCCCUACUCGUGGUGGCGCCUUUGUGCAGCGCUUUGUCAACCUUGACUUGAGGGCUUACUUGAAGUUCCUGAACUGGAUGCCUCAGGCUCUCAAGAUGCCUGAGCCUGAGCUCAUCGAUCAUGCCGGUUUGGAUUCUGUUGUGUAUCUCAGGAUUUACUGGCUGGGGCUUAAGAUCUUUGCUCCAAUAGCAGUGCUGGCCUGGGCAGUUCUUGUGCCGGUGAACUGGACAAACGACACAUUGGAGUUGGCUAACCAGCUGAGGAAUGUAACUUCGAGUGAUAUUGACAAAUUAUCUGUCUCAAAUAUCCCAGAUUAUUCAAUGAGGUUUUGGACGCAUAUAGUGAUGGCAUAUGCAUUUACAAUCUGGACUUGUUAUGUGUUGAUGAAAGAGUAUGAGACAAUUGCUAACAUGAGGCUCCAGUUUCUUGCAUCAGAAGCUCGCCGACCUGACCAGUUCACUGUUCUUGUAAGAAAUGUACCUCCGGACGCAGAUGAAACUGUUAGUGAAUUGGUGGAGCACUUUUUCCUGGUCAAUCACCCUGAUCAUUACUUAACUCAUCAGGUUGUAUGCAAUGCAAACAAGCUCGCUGAUUUGGUGGAAAAGAAGAAGAAGCUGCAGAACUGGCUUGAUUAUUACCAGCUCAAAUACGCUAGAAACAACACUCAGAGAAUCAUGGUGAAGCUUGGCUUCCUUGGUCUCUGGGGACAAAGAGUGGAUGCAAUAGACCACUACAUAGCUGAAAUAGACAAAACAUCAAAAGAGAUUGCUAAAGAAAGAGAAGAAGUGGUGAAUGAUCCCAAGUCCAUAAUGCCAGCAGCUUUUGUCUCCUUCAAAACUCGUUGGGCCGCUGCUGUCUGCGCUCAAACCCAACAGACCCGGAACCCGACCCAAUGGCUAACCGAAUGGGCUCCAGAGCCUCGUGAUGUCUAUUGGCCCAAUCUCGCUAUACCAUACGUCGCUCUCACCGUGAGAAGGCUGUUAAUGCACGUUGCCUUCUUCUUCCUAACCUUCUUCUUCAUCGUACCAAUAGCCUUUGUUCAGUCCCUCGCUACCAUCGAAGGGAUUGUGAAAGUUGCACCCUUCUUGAAAGUCAUCGUUGAGGAUGAUUUCAUGAAGUCAGUGAUACAAGGUUUUCUCCCUGGUAUAGCAUUGAAGCUCUUCCUCAUCUUUCUACCGUCCAUCCUCAUGAUCAUGGCCAAGUUCGAAGGCUUUACAUCCAUCUCAUCCUUAGAGAGACGCUCAGCGUUUCGUUACUACAUCUUCAACUUCGUGAACGUCUUUCUCGCUAGCGUUAUCACCGGAGCCGCCUUUGAACAGCUCAGCGCUUUCCUCAACCAGUCCCCAAACCAAAUCCCCAAGACCAUAGGUGUUGCCAUACCGAUGAAAGCGACGUUCUUCAUCACGUACAUAAUGGUCGACGGUUGGGCGGGAGUAGCUGGAGAGAUCCUGAUGCUGAAGCCUCUGGUUAUGUUCCAUCUCAAGAACACGUUCUUGGUCAAGACUGAGAAAGACAGAGAGGAGGCGAUGGAUCCAGGAAGCAUUGGUUUUAAUACCGGAGAGCCGAGGAUACAGCUUUACUUCCUUCUCGGUCUUGUCUACGCUCCUGUGACGCCGAUGCUUCUUCCUUUCAUCUUGAUCUUCUUUGCACUUGCUUACAUUGUGUAUCGUCAUCAAAUCAUAAAUGUAUACAACCAAGAAUACGAGAGCGCUGCAGCGUUUUGGCCAGACGUUCACGGACGUGUCAUAGCGGCGUUGAUAAUAUCUCAGGUGCUUCUCAUGGGUCUGUUGGGGACUAAACACGCUGCGUUAGCUGCACCCUUUCUCAUCGCUUUGCCUGUGCUCACCAUCGGUUUCCACCGCUUCUGCAAAGGCCGUUACGAGCCGGCGUUCGUCAGGUACCCUUUGCAGGAAGCUAAGAUGAAAGAUACGUUGGAGAGCGCGAGGGAGCCGAACCUGAACCUGAAAGGGUACUUGCAGAGUGCUUACGUUCAUCCGGUUUUCAAAGGAGGUGAAGAUGAUGAUGAUGAUGAUGACUAUGGUGAUGAUAAGCUCGGGAAGUUUGAGGACGAAGCCAUCAUCGUUCCAACCAAACGUCAGUCGCGGAGGAAUACUCCGGCUCCUAGCAGAAUCAGUGGAGAGUCUUCGCCGUCUUUGCCCUUUAGUGGUAAAGAAGUCUAGAGAGGCGUUUUUCAAAAAGAGAUGGUUUUACAAGUAUAUAUACAUAUGGUACUUUCUACAUGUACAUAGAGAGAGAUAAGAGGAUAUGUGAGCUGAGUGUUUGCCUAUGCUUGGUUCAUAAAGUAUUUGUGCUGUGAAUUAGAGACCUUAAGGGUUCUUUUGUGUUGCGUGCAACUUCAAAUCUUUGUAGUCUUUGGACAAACCCUUUUUUUUUUUACCAUCA